GCACCAAAAGCGUAUUUCUACACUCUCAUAUGCUCUUGUGAAGACUUUAUUCCUCCCCAAUUCCGUUCAUAGCCUCUCCAACCCGAAAGAAAGAUGUUGAGCACGACCAAACGCUCAGCGAAGACGCAGUUACGGGUCUGGCGAUCAUCUAUGAAUGGUCAUGUUGGACCAGCUGCUGCAGGCUCGGUAUUGAGACUGAAGAUCAGGUGCUACAGUACUCCCACAGAGUUGCCUAUACCCAACAAGUCGAAAGUUUGGGAUUCGGUGGAAGAGGCUAUCAAAGACGUGAAGUCGGGAGAUGUGUUGCUUAGUGGAGGCUUCGGACUGUGUGGGACUCCAGACACCUUGGUUGGUGCUUUAGCUAACCGUAAGGACGUGAACAACUUGACCGCUGUAUCAAAUAAUGCCGGUGCGGGUGAAAGAGGCCUUGGUAAACUGCUACAUACCGGUCAGAUAGACAAGAUGAUGGCCUCUUACAUUGGAGGCAACAAGUACUUCGAGUCUCUUUACCUCAACGGAAAGAUUUCCCUCGAGUUGAUACCCCAAGGCACGCUCGUCGCGCGUAUUCGGUCCCAAGCAGCCGGAAUGCCAUUCUUCUAUACACCCACUGGUGCUCAUACCGCAGUCGAGAAGGGUGAAAUACCAAUCAGAUAUAAGCCAGGCGGUCUGAAGGCAGGAAUUGCGAUUCCAGGAAGCAGGAAGGAUGCCCUGGACCACAAUGGUCGACGAUACGUAAGGGAACCUGCGAUUGCUGGAGACGUCGCGUUUAUUCGUGCAUGGAAAGUCGAUGAAGUUGGUAAUUGCGUGUUCAGAUACACCGCGAACAACUUCUCCGGACCAAUGGCGAGGAACGCUAAAUUGACCAUCGUGGAGGCUGAGAAUAUCGUUCCAGUAGGCUCGAUUUCCCCCAACGCGAUACACCUGCCUGGCAUAUACGUGGAUCGAAUCGUAAGAGCGACUGCACCCAAACAUAUAGAGUUCGAAACAGUCGCGACAGAUGCUUCUUCCGAAGAGGACACGAGUAAGCUCAGUCCGGAGAAGAAGUUUGCUAUUGAGCAGAGACACCGUAUUGCCAGGCGAGCAGCGAAGGAAAUUAAGGACGGAUUCUACGUGAACCUUGGUAUUGGCAUGCCCACGCUGGUACCAGAGUACCUGGCACCUGGCGUCCGAGUUUGGCUGCAGAGUGAGAAUGGCAUCCUUGGCAUGGGACCAUACCCGACGAGAGACAAGCUUGAUGCGGACAUCAUCAAUGCUGGAAAGGAGACUGUGACGUUCCUACCUGGCGCAUCUGUGUUUGACUCCGCCGAAUCCUUCGACAUGAUUCGUGGUGGCCACAUUGAUGUCGCAAUCCUUGGUGCUAUGCAAGUUUCACAAGCUGGAGACAUCGCGAAUUUUAUGAUACCAGGCAAGAUGGUCAAGGGUAUCGGUGGUGCGAUGGAUCUCGUAUCUAACCCAGACAAGACCAAGGUCCUGGUCGUAAUGGAGCACUGUGCCAAGGAUGGCAGCCCGAAGAUACUGUCUGAGUGCAAUCUACCGCUGACUGGUGCUCGCGCGGUCAGCCAGAUUAUUACCGAGCUGGCUGUCUUCAACGUCGAUCGAAAUGCGGGGAAAUUGCAACUGGCGGAGCUGGCUGAGGGUGUGACGCUUGAAGAAGUCAGGGCGAAGACAGGUUCUGAUUUCGAUGUGUCAAGCAAUCUGGGGAAGAUGUGAAGCGAGUUUGAAAUACCCCGCAAUGUCCCAUUUGCCCCGCAGUGGGAUGUAAUUCUUAUGUUACGGAAUGUGUACGGAACUGUAUUCUGCCCAGAGUUGAGGAACACAUGCCCAGGAAGAACAUGAAAGCCAAGGCGAACGCCGGCGAUGACCGUCGGACCGACGCCAGAUGC